AUGGUGACGAGCAGAGAGAUUGCCCAAGAACUCUGCGACGAAACUCGUUUCUGCAAGCUUCCAGGGGGCGCGCUUGAUGUGAUGAAGGCGGUGGUAGGAGAUGGCCUGUUCACAGCAGAGACGUCAAAUCCAAAAUGGGCUAUAGCCCAUCGAAUCAUCACGCCUUUGUUUGGGGCCAUGAGAAUAAGGGGUAUGUUUGAUGACAUGAAGGACAUUUGCGAGCAGAUGUGUCUACGAUGGGCCCGAUUCGGGCCAGAUGAACCUUUGAAUGUCUGCGACAACAUGACCAAGUUGACUCUUGACACCAUCGCCCUUUGCACCAUUGACUAUCGCUUCAACAGCUUCUACAGAGAGAAUGGAGCCGCGCAUCCGUUUGCAGAGGCCGUGGUAGAUGUCAUGACAGAGUCGUUCGAUCAGAGCAACCUCCCCGACUUUGUUAACAACUACGUGCGUUUCCGAGCCAUGGCAAAGUUCAAGCGGCAGGCUGCUGAACUGCGUCGACAAACAGAAGAGUUGAUUGCAGCUCGCCGACAGAAUCCCGUCGACAGGGACGACUUGCUCAACGCAAUGCUGAGCGCCAAGGACCCCAAAACUGGCGAGGGUCUCAGCCCCGAGUCUAUCGUGGAUAACCUGCUCACCUUUCUCAUUGCCGGACAUGAAACUACAUCGAGUCUCCUGUCAUUCUGCUUCUACUAUCUCCUCGAAAACCCACAUGUGCUUCGCCGAGUGCAGCAAGAAGUCGAUACGGUGGUGGGUUCUGAUACAAUCACAGUAGAUCACCUCUCAAGCAUGCCGUAUCUCGAGGCUGUCUUGCGAGAGACACUGCGUCUGCGUGAUCCUGGCCCUGGAUUCUACGUCAAGCCCCUGAAAGAUGAAGUUGUGGCAGGAAAAUAUGCGGUCAACAAGGACCAGCCAUUGUUCAUCGUCUUCGACUCGGUGCACCGUGAUCAGAGUACAUAUGGGGCUGAUGCCGAUGAGUUCCGCCCUGAGCGCAUGCUUAAAGAUGGCUUCGAUAAGCUGCCGCCUUGCGCAUGGAAGCCUUUUGGGAAUGGCGUGCGUGCCUGUGUCGGGAGGCCCUUUGCGAUGCAGCAAGCCAUUCUAGCUGUCGCCAUGGUUCUUCAUAAAUUCGACCUUGUCAAGGAUGAAUCUUAUACGCUCAAAUACCAUGUUACCAUGACUGUGCGCCCGGUCGGUUUCACAAUGAAGGUUCGGCUUCGCCAGGGCCAACGCGCUACCGAUCUAGCGAUGGGACUUCAUCGAGGACACAGUCAAGAGGCCUCGGCAGCUGCUAGCCCUAGCCGGGCUUCACUCAAGCGACUGUCUUCAGACGUAAAUGGCGAUGAUACAGACCACAAGAGCCAAAUAGCUGUCCUUUAUGCCUCCAACUCGGGUAGCUGUGAGGCCUUGGCUUAUCGUCUCGCUGCAGAAGCCACCGAACGUGGUUUUGGCAUUCGAGCUGUCGAUGUUGUGAACAACGCUAUCGACAGAAUACCCGUAGGCAGCCCAGUGAUUCUCAUCACAGCAUCUUACAACGGCGAGCCAGCAGAUGACGCCCAAGAAUUUGUGCCAUGGCUCAAGUCGCUGGAAAGUGGCCGUCUCAAUGGAGUCAAGUUUGCUGUCUUCGGAAACGGACACAGAGACUGGGCAAAUACUCUGUUUGCAGUCCCACGCCUUAUCGACUCCGAACUAGCCCGCUGCGGUGCUGAACGUGUUAGCCUCAUGGGAGUUUCAGACACUUGUGAUUCCAGCGAUCCUUUUUCUGAUUUCGAAAGAUGGAUCGACGAGAAACUGUUCCCGGAGCUCGAAACACCCCAUGGCCCCGGCGGGGUAAAGAACGGAGAUAGGGCUGUGCCACGACAAGAACUACAGGUUUCACUGGGCCAGCCACCGCGGAUAACAAUGCGCAAAGGCUAUGUUCGUGCCAUAGUGACUGAGGCGCGCUCACUCUCCAGUCCUGGCGUGCCUGAGAAGAGACACCUUGAGCUUCUUCUUCCCAAGGACUUCAAUUAUAAAGCUGGCGACCACGUCUAUAUCCUGCCGCGAAACAGCCCUCGCGAUGUUGUCCGAGCUCUCAGUUACUUUGGGCUAGGCGAGGACACCCUGAUCACCAUCAGGAAUACUGCCCGGAAAUUAAGCUUGGGGCUUCCGUUAGAUACGCCCAUCACGGCCACCGAUCUCCUGGGUGCGUAUGUAGAGCUCGGUCGUACGGCAAGCUUGAAAAACCUCUGGACCCUCGUUGAUGCAGCAGGUCACGGAAGCAGAGCCGCUCUUCUGAGUCUCACUGAGCCUGAGAGAUUCAGAGCCGAGGUUCAGGACAGACAUGUGUCAAUCUUGGACCUCCUGGAGCGGUUCCCCGAUAUCGACUUAUCUUUGUCUUGUUUCUUGCCAAUGCUUGCCCAGAUUCGGCCAAGAGCUUAUUCCUUCUCCUCAGCGCCUGACUGGAAGCCCGGACAUGCGACGCUCACCUAUACUGUCGUUGACUUUGCUACUCCGGCCACUCAAGGAAUAAAUGGCAGUAGCAAAAGCAAGGCUGUAGGCGAUGGUACGGCGGUGGUUCAGCGUCAAGGUCUGGCAUCCAGCUACCUCUCUAGCCUUGGUCCUGGAACCAGUCUUUACGUUUCACUCCACCGGGCAUCGCCCUAUUUCUGUCUGCAAAAGAGCACUUCUCUACCUGUGAUUAUGGUGGGAGCCGGAACUGGACUGGCUCCGUUCAGAGCCUUUCUACAAGAGCGCAGGAUGGCUGCUGAAGGUGCCAAACAGAGGUUUGGGCCUGCUCUCUUGUUCUUUGGCUGUCGAGGACCCAGGCUUGACUCCCUGUACUCGGUUGAACUGGAGGCUUACGAGACGAUAGGCCUUGUGCAAGUGCGAAGGGCGUAUAGCCGUGACCCUUCUGCCCAAGAUGCCCAAGGUUGUAAGUAUGUUACUGACCGGCUAGGGAAAUGCCGAGAUGAAGUUGCUCGGUUAUGGAUGGACGGCGCCCAGGUCCUUGUCUGCGGAGGCAAGAAAAUGGCAAACGACGUGCUUGAGGUCUUGGGGCCGAUGCUGCUAGAAAUUGAUCAGAAGAGAGGGGAAACAACAGCCAAGACAGUGGUAGAAUGGAGAGCAAGGUUGGAUAAGUCGAGAUACGUGGAAGAAGUUUAUGUGUGA